GUCACAUGUUUUGCAGGAAUCCAGGGCUGGUGCUUCACUGUUCAUAAAGCCCACAAUGUUUUUAUUAUCUUGGUGAUACAGAUCAUUCAUCUGGGAGGGAUUAGUUCAACAAUAAACGGUGCAGCAUUUCUAUUCAGAUCUACAGUAAGAGAUACUCUUCACAGACUGUUGUAGUUACACCCACUUGAGAAAGAUUGUAACUUACUGCAGUGUCACUUGAUCUGAAGCACAAUGCUGUCUCAAUAUGAUGACGAUUGUCCAAUAACAGAGGAGGAAAUGAAACAACUUACUGAAACUAUCAGUACUCAGGAUAUCACAACAGCAGCAAACACGAUCAACGAAUACCUCAAACAGCAAGAACGUGUUCAGCUAAAUAUUGGUGUGACGGGGGAGUCCGGUUCUGGAAAGUCCAAAUUUGUCAAUGCUUUUAGAGGCUUAGGGGAUGAAGAAGAGGGCUCAGCCAAAACAGGUGUAGUGGAGACCACUAUGCAACCUGAAGUUUACUGUCACCCGAAAUACAAAAAUGUAAAAUUGUGGGAUCUUCCUGGCAUUGGAACACCAAACUUCAAAGCUCAAGAUUACCUUAAGCAGGUUGAGUUUGACCGCUAUGAUUUUUUCAUCAUCAUUGCUUCAGAUCGGUUCAGAGAAUGCCACACCCAGCUGGCCUCGGAAAUCAUGAAAAUGGGGAAGAAGUUUUAUUUUGUCCGUUCCAAGAUUGACGUUGCAAUUGAUGGUGAAAAAAAAAAAAAAAGCUUUGACAAGAAAAAGAUCCUGGACACCAUCCGGAAGGACUGUGAAAAUGGACUGAGGAGCAUCGGCCUAGUGGACCCGGUUGUGUUUCUGAUAUCUAGCUCUGAGCUUGGCAGUUUUGAUUUCGAUCUACUGCAUGAAAGGAUCGCUAAAGAGCUUCCUCAGCAUAAGAGACACGUGCUGCUUCUGUCUGUGCCAAAUAUCACACUGGAGAUUAAUGAGAGAAAGAAGAAAGCUCUAAAGAAACGCAUUCAAAUGGUUGCCUUCGCAUCUGCUUGUGUAGCAGCACUUCCUGUUCCUGGUCUUUCAAUAGCUGUCGAUUUAACCAUCAUAGUCAAUGAGAUAAGAACGUACUGCAAUGCCUUUGGUCUGGAUGAGAAAUCUCUGCAGAAUCUCUGCGAAAGAUCUGGGAAGAGCAUAGAAACUCUGAACAGUCUUAUGACUUCAGUCUUACAUAAAGGAUUAUGCACAGGUUCAGUGUUACCAAUGCUGAGUGUGGCAUCAUUUCUUGUAACAGAAGAGGUUGUUGAGAGUGUUUUAGCCUUUAUACCUAUUUUAGGCUCUGUUGUGGCAGGGGGUCUGUCUUAUUUAACUGUCUCAAUGAUGCUGAAGAGAGCUCUGAAUGAUAUAGCAGAAGAUGCUAGAAAAGUGCUAAUGGCUGUCCUGGAGACUGACCUGGAGAAAAGUAAUUAAACACGUAUAAUUAGACAGAAUUAUGGAGGAUAUUUUUUCAGAAAAGAAAAUCUCAAUAAAUGUAACAUCGCUAAUAAUGCACUCCUAGAAGCAGUCUUCUGUCUGUACAUGUAAAAUUGAAUCCUCUAUCUCCUCCAGAGAUUACAGACAAUAUAAGUAGUGACUUGAGUAAAUCAAUUGGUCAAGCUGGCAUAAAAGUGUUUUAAAAUAUCAAAAAAUAGAGACUUCACCUUGGUUUAGGGUUUAUACAUGUAUUAACAUUUUAUCAAAUCAUAAUGUUAAACAAUUAUCUCUGCUUUAAACAUUACAUUUAUUUUGAUGUUGUAUUCAGGCCUGAUUUUUUAAUGUGUUGGUUUAAGCUGAUGUUGUAAUUGACUAGUAUUGUUAUUCUUUUGAAUAUAUUUGCCAUAUGAGCUUGAUUGUAUUUCUUACUGUUUCUUUAUCUUACAUGUCUGAGGUCACAAGUAAAGCCUCUGCUUCAUAUUUCAGGAUGUUAUUUUUUGUUUGUGGAUGUUUUAUCAACAUUAUUUCAACCUUAGUCUGUAGAUAUAAAAUGAAUUUGUUUGAUUUAUAAUGCUUUGUCAUUUAUUAUUUCAAUUAUCACAUAACUCCAUUACAAUUAUAGGUUUAAUGCAUGUAACAUUACAUUUUGUGUUCUUCUUGUUCAGUUGUAUCCUCGACUAUUACAGUAUUACAGUAUACAUUUCUGGUGGCACAUAUUUUAUUGUUGUCAUGUCACUGCCUGUGAGAAAUAGGCCUCAGAUGGAACAAUGUGAACUUUUUAUGCUGAUGCUUUCUUAUCUGCUUUGUAUGUUUGUUUGUCGGCACUGCCUUGAGCACAAAAUGUACUUGACAAGAACGUACUUAUUAAAACAACCCCAUAUAUGGAGGAAUGAGGAUGUUCGAGAUAAAGGGUGUAACCAGCCUUGAGUGAUAAGAACUAUAUAACCCCAUGCUUGCCUUUAAUA